CGAUUUUCGUAUACCUUUGUAUACCUGCUACAAGAACUCAUGUGGGUAAAAUGAAAACCUAUCACCGCAAUUAUUUGACGUGGAUCAUGAUUUGUAGCCUACAAAACUAACAGAGAAAGAAGCUUCACCACCAUGCUGCUUUCGAGUACUUCCCCGCGGGCCCCGUCCGCCCCCCGCGACAAGUACGAGCUCGAGUUGCGGUGGCGUCCCGCGGGCAGUGGAGUAUGGAACAACGAGAAGUCCGUGGUGGUCCCGGGCAAGGACGAACUCGACAGGGUCCUCGGCUGCUGCUUCAGCAUCUGCGAAAGUUCGUCCAGUCCCAGAGCGGCUACUGCUUCGAGAACUGCGCACUUGCUGCAACCCGUUGAUGCGGAAAACCUUGCUGGGAUGAGAGGAAACGAAGAUAAUUUUGACGUCCAAGGUGGGAUCAAUCAUUUGAUUCCGGUGUUUCGCUCCUCUGCGUCGAGAGAAAACUCCGCCCGCGAGCCGCAGGAACAGGAGUUCAUUCUCGAAGACGUUGAAAGCGCCGACGGUCGUAGGGAUCAGGAACAAGUAGAGGACAUCAAGAACUCGGUGCGUGGAGGCCCACCAGCUGCAGGAGCCGGGUCAUCGUCCAGCAGUGGUGGUAUUAAUAUUUUGCGACAGGACGUCGACCAGGAGCAGCUAGAUAGACACGAUCCUCCGGAGGCGGCAAAUGCGGAGAUACUAGAGGGUGGUGAGGCAGCAGGAACAACAUCCGCAAAUGAACAUCACCAGAAUAAUUAUUUCAACCGCAGCGAACAAAGUCAAAGUGUGACCCUGUCAACAGAGCAGGAAAUAAUAGCCGCGCACGAGAACAACAAUAGUAACAGACAGAUCGCUGCGCACAACUCCGCCUCCAGCAAUUUUCUCGUCUCCACGACAAAUUCCGUGAACACCGCGGAGACCCCGCCGCAAGCUGUACAGCUAGCCGGCGGAAUCACCGCGAACAACGAUAAUAACGCCCAAAAUAACACGACGGCGACAUCAUCGAUGUAUCCGCAGCAGCCGCAACAAUUCCUGCAACAAACCACGAACCUGCACGGCAGCACGCUGACGGCCUUCACCCAGCGCACCGUGCUGCUGAACCAAAACAACUCGCCUACGGGCGACAGCACUUCCGCGCUAUCCCCGUCAAGAGGGACGACGUUGUUUUCCCCGCCCGCGCGGUAUCUGACGGGAAUUAAUGUUUUCCUGCACACGUCGCGACCUCUAACUUUUUCCUUGCAUGACAUCAAGACCACUUUCCCCUACCUGUGAUCCAGCAUUUAGAACUCGUUAUAGAUUUUUUUGCUUCCGAGAAUUUAUCUUUAUGCACUUUGUGUUUCUUUGUAUGACAUGGACGUGUGCUGCGCCGUUGAAAUUCGUCUUUCAUAAAAUGCGCGAGAACCGCCUCGACCCAAAUUCAAGCUGCCCGCCAACCGCGUCACCGCCGGCGCGACCAGCGAGCGACUACUUCUGCUCCGAAAAUACCAUUCCGGUUAAAAGAUACAACGUAACAUCUUCUUGAGCGAAAUUCAUUUUUUGUGACGCCACUUACUUCUUCUUGUUAAGGUUGACAUGCUCGUUCUCGUUAUAGCAUGAAGUCCGACAAUCGCUGAGAAGUGGCACAUUGAAACAGAUCCAGCCCGUGAUGCUGCGAAUGCAAAGCCAGGAGCCAGAUUUCGUCACUGCGGGGACUGCGGCCUCCAACACGAGCGACGGGCAAACGAACUCAACGACGGCAAAAAUGCCCCACGUGCCGCAGCGCACAAAGAGCACCGAGGCGGGCAGCAGUGGGUCGACGGAAGACAUUCUCCCCGCGGGCUUGGACAGCGAUCACCAAAACAACGCAAUAUACGGGGAAGCUCCGAGUGAAAGUGGGGGCAGCAAUGUGGUAUACUUAUUUUUGAUGAGCAGCUGCGUGGUUUUUCAUUUUCUUUUUCAAAGUACACUGAAGUAAACCACUCCACCCUCCGUUAAUUAAUUCGUAUUCUUGUUGGCACGAAGAUGCAGGAUUUGUUGCGAAAAUUUUUCUUUAUGUUGUGCACAGAACAAAAACGACCGUCUUUGCAGGUAAGCGCCUUGGAUGAACCAGGAAGGUUUGGUGCGCCGAUUCAUUUAUACCACUCGAGUAACGUAAGUAGCUCGCUGACCGUAGAAAAAGCGCAACGGACGCAGUCGGCCACCAGCUCCAAGAGCCUGAUUUCGGUGCCCGGCGGGGAAGGAGCAGCGUCUGCGCAUGCUGCGGCCGUGAACGCGCGCGACGGUGGAGUCGUGACAGGAAGUGGUACUUAGUAAAGAUUCAUUUCUGACGAGAUGACUUUCUGCAGAGGUUAUAUGAAUGAAGCAGAGGAGAAUAACAAAUGAUAAGCGUACAAGCCUGUAUGGAUAGUUUUGGUUCACUUGUUGCACAUCCUUUUGUCGAGUUUCCAAGCAUAAUUUCUUUCACGUGAUUUGUCCAGCUGAAACACAACCUCGAGCGUCUACUGCACCGCAUGGACUGCAACCAGGUUUAGAUAAUCGCCCGAGCACCAGCCACCAGCACCACCUGCUUGAUAACGAUGCUCCUUCAAGUAGUGCCACGAGCUCCAUCGUUCUCGUGCACAGCCAGCGCGGCGGUCAGACGUCGUUGACUUCUCCCGAAACGUCGGACAGUGUCGACUUGUUUAUUCCCGAGGAAAAAUCCAGCCAGAGCACCAACUCCGUAUGCGAGUGCACAAACUCCCGCUCUUUCUCAUUUGUCAUGCAAAAUAUCAAAUGCGAUCUUUGCUUCUUGGCACCUGUUGCAAGACAGGGUCUGACGGCCCAAACAGCACUGGACUCCUGUGUGAAUUCGUCAUGCAAAACGUGGACGAGGGAUCAUCUGUGCACAACUCGCAUACUCGGACCGCCGGGUGUACAGCCUGAGCGUGAACGGGGUUCCGGCGGUGCUACUCGCGGGCGCGGGGGGAACAAGGAAUCACAGAACUUCGUCACACAACAAGCAUGUGGCGACGACAACGACCGCGGUAUCGGCGUCCGUCGUACCCGCAGAGCAGCGCUACCGACUCCGUGCGGGCCGGCAGCAAACGCCCUUUUCUCUCUCCGCAACUUCUUCUGCGGAUUUGAACGGUGACUUUUCAACAUCUCACAACCGGAGGGCGGGAACGACGAACAGCUCCUCGUCGAACAAAGCCACACAGAUUAUGACACUGAACAACAUUUUUGUAGUUCCCCGCCUGCGCAUUUGUGACGCAAAGCGCCAAAUUCAUUAUUCCCACCCGGCUUUUAAGUAGUUUUUGCAUGUCAAGUUGUUCCAGAAGCGGCUAUAAAGUUGAAUUGCAGUUCCUAAGUAGAAGUUUGUCAUGCCGCAUUCACAUUUCUCGGUUGGAUGUGUUUUGUGCUGCCGACGCGUUUCAAAGCAGGAGACGGGAAAGUUGUCCGCUACCAUACGAACCCCCACCAGCACGGAGAAUGACCACUCGUUGGAGCUGCCAUUAAAUUCGCGUAAGCACCACACGAACAGCGGGCAGAUGCUUGCGGCAGCAGCAGCAACAUCCGGGAGGGCGGCCGCGGGCCCAACUACCUCUUCUUCGCAGCACAAGAGAGGGAGCACGGCCACGACCGUGAAGAGCGCGUACACUACGAUAGAGAACGAAACGGUCGGAGCGGCAGGAGGGUUGUACUACAACAACUCUGGAACAACGACAAGCCCGAGCAAACCCACUCUGCGCGGUAUCAUCAGCAAAACGAGGUCCGAGUUCAAGCCCACAGCGGGGUUGUUCGGCACCGACGGAGCAGGAGGUGCCCUUGGCGGUCCAGAACAACUACCGCAGCAACAAAACACUACCUCGGCCACCCGCGCUGCGAGCCACUCCAACGUCGCUACCAUCUCUGGCACAACGGUAACAAACACGGAGAAGCAUUCGCUGGCUACGCUGCGUGCCGCAGCGGCAAAGCGGAGUCAGAGCCAUAACAGGAACAACAAUGCUCGGAAUAGUGAGCAGAUGACUUCGAGCAAGGAGGAGGAGUGUGGGUCUCGGAAUUCUUCGACCAACACCUCGCGUGGGGGCCGGAUUUUCCCGGCAGACAGUGCCAGUAAUAUCCCAGAGUCCUCCGACGACCAGGAACAGAACUAUUUGAGUAGCAAGGAGAAAACGAACAGUUACGACGAGCUCGGGGAAAACCAACUGUGGAAAGACGCACGGGCACGAAUGGAGCGGAGGGAUUUGGAGUUGCAGUUGUUUCACCCACCAAGCUCCUCCUCUGUCGGGGAGAAGACGCAUACGGUGACCACCGUGUCCAAACCGGAGUUGCGAGCGGUUCCUGCGACUGGCGAGGACGACGUGCAAAAUGCUGAACACGAGAGAAGUGUUUCUCUUGCUGUUGUGCGGGGGCAACAGGAGGGGGCACAUCAGCCACGCGGGAACAACGAGCCGAGCCUCGUGCCGAGAAAAAGCCAGAACUACCUCAUCAAUCCUGACCGUUUGCAAGUGCAAGACCCGCUCCUCGAUUGGCACCAGCGCUGGGAGGCCGUGGAGCAGGAAGAGCUGCGCUUGCCCCUGGAGGCGGUAGCGCAGAUAUUGCGAGCAAAAAUCCCCCCUCCCCAUAUCAAAGCGAAAUUUCUGAUGCUGGGUUUGCGUACACAAAUCAGCCUUGUCUUGCAGUAGGGGAGUGCAGGCCCAUGGCAAGCCUGAGCGGAGAGGUUUUGGCGUAGGCGCUCACCAUGACAAAAGUCUAUGCUGUAGGCCCAACAGCAUCACAAACCGCUGGCAUAAUGCGGGAAGUCUCCUGGGCUUGCCUUCUUGCAAGACAGACGCGAUUUGUGACCACAAAUAAGCAUCACAAAUUUCCAAAAAUAUACCUUUUCAAUGUGGGGAGGGGGGAUUUUUCCUUUCGAUAGCAGAGAAGAGACCUUCAUGCUCAUCAUCUGGAGCAACGAGACGUUUUGCAGCACAAGGCCGCGCCUUACCCUCGACAGCACGCCACGCCAGCUGGUCAUGAUUCUCAUCACGGCGCCGCGCCUGCGAACAAUGUGAACUACUCGGGUCGUGAGCAGCCGCAGCAGCAGAGACAGGAACACAGCAAGCACAAAAACUUUGAACAGAACAAGCACUAUCGCCCGCCGAUGGAUGGAGAGAACUACCCGGUUGUGAUGGUGUCUUCAUCAUCUUCACGGGGGAAAACCAGCAGCGGAAAUGGUACAACUGUUAAACACCCUGCUCCGCAUCCAGGUACGGUGACCACCCCGAAAUUCUCUAUGCGGCUGGACGAUUACAAGCCGGGCGGACCCCUGAAUCCCUCUCCGCGGGCCAUGUUUUUCGGGGAAGUGGCAGGUCCUCGGACGAACAGGGUGGAAGAGGUACUUUAGUAGAGCCUCCUCAGCAGUUACACUCUCAACUGUUACUCCACGUUGUCAUGCAAAAUUUGCGCCACAUUUUCUUUUUCAUCAAGCAACGCAUCACAAUGUUUGCAGGUGGCACCUCCUCCGACCAACAUCGUCGAAGUGGAAAUUCAAAGUGCAACCUUUUCGACUUCCCGGCCAGUACCUGCAAGUAGCCAUGCCAAACACCACCACAGUACAACCAGCCGUGGCGCGGCUACUAGUGCAACAGCGUCGAUGAAAGAGAAGCCAAAGGGGGACAAAUUUGGCAAAGCAUCUGCACAACACGCCGUUGUUGCAGGGCAAGGACAGCAGCAGCUGCAUUCGCGCGUUCCCUCGUCCGACGUCGGGACGCCGAAGGCUUUGGAGCUCAUUGAGGAUUUUCGCUUUCGAUUUUCUAUUCCGGCGUCACCAGCGGCACGGGGUAGCAACAAUGGGGGCCUGCCGUAA